AUGAGCGCGACGCUACAUCUCGAAGAUGGCUCGCGAUUUGAGGGGCAGCUCUUCGGCGCCACAAAAUCCAUAUAUGGAGAGAUCGUUUUUCAAACCGGAAUGGUCGGCUACGUCGAGAGCUUGACCGACCCCUCAUACGCACAUCAACUCCUCACCCUCACCUACCCGCUGAUCGGCAAUUACGGCGUCCCAGAUGAGACGAAGCGCGACGAAUUCGGUCUACCCGAGGGCUUCGAAUCUGCCAAAAUUUGGCCGGCCGCAUUGAUUGUAGACAGGAUCUGCUCGGAGGGCGAAGAAAGCCACUGGCGCUCGAAGAGCUCGCUGUCGGAUUGGCUGAAGCGCCAUGGAGUCCCUGGCCUAUCCGGGAUUGACGUGCGCCAGUUGACGAAGAAAAUUCGAGAGCAGGGGACAAUGAAGGCGAAGCUAAUCAUCGACGGCGAUGAGCCGGACAAAUUUCCUUUCGUCGACUUCAACGAAACAAACGUCGUGGCCUCAGUAUCCCGAAAAGAACCGGAAAUCUACGGAGAUGGCCCCACGACUGUGCUGGCCGUCGAUUGUGGCUUGAAAUAUAAUCAGAUUCGCUGCUUGGUGCGACGUGUCGGCAGGGUAAAGGUCGUCCCCUGGGAUUGGCCCAUUGAAAAAGAAGAGUUCGACGGUCUCUUCCUGUCGAACGGACCCGGCGAUCCCGAGAAAUGCGCCCUGCUCGUUGAGCGCCUAUCAAAGAUCGUGGCCCGAGGCGACAAGCCGAUCUUUGGAAUCUGCCUCGGCCACCAGCUCCUCGCCAGGGCUGUCGGUGCCAAGACCUACAAGCUAAAAUAUGGUAAUCGUGGUCACAACCAGCCUUGCACACACUACGCUACAGGCCGUUGCUACAUUACAUCGCAGAAUCACGGAUUUGCGGUGGACGAAAAGACCCUCCCGGCAACCUGGCGUCCACUCUUCACCAAUGAGAAUGACGGGACGAACGAAGGAAUCGUGCACGUCGACAAGCCCUUGUUCAGCGUCCAAUUCCACCCAGAACAUUCGGCCGGGCCCACCGAUUGCGAGUUCCUGUUCGACAUUUUUGCCGAAGUCGUCGCCGCGGCAAAGAAGGGGCAAUUGCUGAGCGCCGACAAGCUCAUCACCGAACGCCUCACCUUCCCGUCCACCUACAAAAUUACCGAGCAGAAGAAAGUGCUCGUGCUCGGGUCCGGAGGUCUGACGAUCGGUCAGGCUGGCGAGUUUGACUACUCUGGCGCACAGGCCCUGAAAGCCCUUCGCGAAGAGGGAAUCGCGUCCGUGCUCAUCAACCCCAACGUGGCCACUGUGCAGACAAUCAAGGGAUUCGCGGAUAAGACGAAUUUCCUGCCCGUCACCAAGGAGUACGUUACGGAUGUGAUCAAGAAGGAACGCCCGACCGGUAUCCUCUGCACGUUUGGCGGGCAGACGGCACUAAAUUGUGCCAUUGAUUUGUACAAGGACGGCAUCUUCGACCAGUACAACGUGCAGGUGCUUGGAACACAAAUCCAGACAAUCCAAAAUACGGAAGACCGCGAGCGGUUCAAUACCGAAAUGCAAUCAAUUGGAGAACAAGUCGCGCCGAGUAAAGCCGCGACGACGCUCGAAGGAACGAUCCAAGCAGCCGAAGAGCUUGGCUACCCAGUACUCGUCCGCGCCGCCUACUGUCUUGGAGGACUCGGCUCGGGCUUCGCGUCAAAUCAGGCCGAACUGGUGGAGAUUGCGAAAAAGGCGCUUGCCGCCUCGAACCAAGUGCUCGUCGACAAGAGUUUGAAGGGCUGGAAAGAGGUGGAAUAUGAAGUGGUUCGCGACGCCUACGACAACUGCAUCACCGUCUGCAACAUGGAAAACGUCGAUCCGCUCGGGAUUCAUACAGGAGAAUCGGUGGUCGUUGCCCCGUCGCAGACGCUGUCCGACAAGGAGUACAACAUGCUCCGCACCUGUGCCAUCAAAGUGAUCCGCCAUCUCGGCAUCAUCGGCGAGUGCAACAUCCAAUACGCGCUGGACCCCGACUCGGAGCAUGAACACGUCGAAAACGCGGGAAUCCAUUCGGGCGACGCCACGCUCGUCACCCCGCCGGCCGAUCUGAAUGAGACAACUAUCGAGAAGAUCAAGGAAAUUACCGAGAAGAUCGCGCGCGGCCUGAACGUCAACGGUCCAUUCAACAUGCAGUUGAUUGCCAAGGACAACGAGCUGAAGGUGAUUGAAUGCAAUCUGCGAGCAUCGCGCUCCUUCCCGUUCGUCUCGAAGACGCUGGAUUUCGACUUUGUCGGCCUCGCGACAAGGGCGAUGAUGUCCGCCGACAACCCGCAGAUCAAGGAGGGGAAGCUCAUUCAAAAGGUUCACGGCGUGCUCAGAGGCAGGGGACGUGUUGGAGUGAAGGUCCCGCAAUUUUCGUUCUCACGGCUGGCCGGCGCCGAUGUGAUGCUUGGCGUGGAGAUGGCAUCGACUGGCGAGGUUGCGUGCUUCGGUCGCGACCGACAUGAAGCCUACUUGAAGGGCUUGUUGGCCACCGGCUUUGUCCCACCCAGGAAGAACAUCUUCAUCUCGAUGGGCGGAGUUGACCAUAAGCGCGAAAUGAUGCCCAGCAUACAGACGCUCAUCUCACUCGGCUUCGACUUGUACGCGUCGAAGGGCACCGCCGAUUAUUUGCACGGACUCGAUAUCCCGGAAGACUGGGAGAGUUGUACUCGUGCCGCACUCGCCGGUGGUGUGACGAUGAUUCUCGCGAUGCCCAACACGAACCCGGCCCUCACCGACAAUGCCUCUUACGAGCUCACCGACAAGCUGGCCAGCGAGAAGGCGCUCGUCGAUUACGCGCUUUACGUUGGGGCCACCGCGACGAACGCCACGGUUGCUGCGUCGCUGGCACAAAAGGCCGCCGGACUCAAGAUGUACUUGAACGACACCUUCUCGACGUUGAAGAUGGACAAUAUGGCCCACUGGAUGCAGCACCUACGCUCUUUCCCGACGACUCGACCUGUCGUCUGCCACGCCGAGGGCCAAACCUUGGCCGCCGUGCUGAUGUGUGCCCAAUUGACCGGCCGCGCCGUCCACAUCUGUCACCUGGCCACCGCUGAAGAGAUGACCCUGGUCCGCGAGGCCAAGCAAAAGGGCUGGGCUGUGACAUGCGAGGUGUGCCCCCACCACCUCAUCCUCACCGAGGGCUGCCUGCCCUGCGGCGUCCGCGAGGUGCGCCCCCGACUCGUGCAAGAGGCUGACGUUCAAGCCCUCUGGGACAACCUCGACUACAUUGACUGCUUCGCCACCGAUCAUGCGCCUCACACCCGGGAGGAGAAGCACGGAGCUGAAAAAGUACCGCCCGGCUUCCCUGGAGUCGAAUACAUGCUCCCGCUGCUGCUCACCUUCGUUCACGAGGGCCGACUCACAUUGGCACAGCUCGUCGACCGGCUUCACCACAACCCACGGCGCAUCUUUGGACUGCCCGAGCAGAAGGAUACCUACAUCGAGGUUGAUCUCGGCGUCGAAUGGACAAUCCCGGAAAAUGGCGGCCAAUCGAAGGCCGGUUGGACACCGUAUGCCGGUCGUGCUGUACGUGGAAAAGUCGUCAACGUCGUAAUUCACGGAGAGGAGGCCCUCGUCGACGGGAAUAUCGUGGCCAAGAAGGGCAGCGGCCGGAAUGUGCGGCUGUCCAGCGAUUUUGGCGCCGAGGAUGAAGAUGUCAUUAGACGUGAGCUUGAAGAGGCUGCCGCUGAAGGACGACUUCCAGCCGAGACGCUUUCUUCUGAGGACUCUCCCCUGGAGACCCCGCUCCGGCUUUCCCCGGCAAAACUCGCGUGGGCCGGACAGAACCUCAUCUCCGUCGAACACCUCGACAAGCCGCUGAUCAACCGCAUCCUCGAGCUGGCCGAGCAUUUCCGCUCCGACAUUAUGGGCAACUACGCGGACAUUGUUGUCAUUCGGCACCCAGAGAUCGGUUCCGCCCAACGCGCCGCCGCCGUCUGCACGCAACCGGUGGUGAAUGCCGGAGAUGGCGCUGGCGAGCACCCAACACAAGCCCUGCUCGAUGUGUUCACCAUUCGGCAAGAGCUCUCCUCCAUCAACGGGCUCACAAUCGCGCUCGUCGGCGAUCUGAAGAACGGCCGCACCGUCCACUCGCUUGCCAAGCUCCUCACGCGCUACAACAAAAUCACGCUCCAUUACGUGUCCCCGGUGGAAGAGCUCGGAAUGCCCGAAUCGGUCUGCGACUACGUCCACAAGCACAGCCAGAUGGGCGAUCGCCCCGGGGAGACGCGGCCCGCUUUUGUCCAGAAAAAAUUCACCGAUCUGGCGGAGGGCAUCAAGGGAGUCGACGUCGUCUACAUGACUCGAGUUCAGAAGGAACGAUUCAGCGACCAGGCCGCGUACGAGCGCGUCAAGGGAGCCUUCGUUUUGACGCCAAAGCUCCUCGACGAAUCGACACAGGAAAACGAGACGACGGAUUACAAUGUGCUCGGCCAACAAAGCGCCAAGCCGAUUGUGAUGCAUCCGCUGCCGCGUGUCGACGAGAUUUCGCCCGAACUCGACCACGAUGACCGCGCCGCCUACUUCCGGCAAGCCCGCAACGGCAUGUUCGUCCGGAUGGCCGUCCUGACGCUGCUGCUCGGACGCGAUCAAGAUCUC